AUGACCGAGAAGGAAGCGAAUGACUUGAUCGCCUCUGCCUUCAGCUCUGAGGCGAUGGCGGAGGCGGUUUCGCGUGUUGUCGCGUCCGGCUACGAAAAAUGCUCACUCUGCAACAACAUUAUUGAAGGCGAAGCCGAGCACGUUCUGCGGGAGCAUCCGCAUGUCCAGCAUAUUCACACAAUGGUGACAAAGCCCAUACCGCCACUGCCCCCUCGAGGAAGCCAGGACCAGGCUUCGAUGGAUGUCGGCUCCUUCGCGGUUGCAACGUCCGUCAAGGCUGAUCGCGGAGAGGACGCCUUCCGUGUCGUGCAGCGCGCGCGGGCGCAGCUCCAUCGACUCCUUGAUGGCAUGCAGGGCAUAGAGGGGCACGUGUACCUGUUCGGCAGUGUUGUUUCAAUGGGCUCGUGGGACGGCGUCGGCGAUGGCGACUUUUCUUUCAUAUGCCCAAAAUGGUACACGCUGCCGGCUCCGCAUGGGCAAGCCGUGGUGCGGGAGGAGGCCGUAGGAGAGGACAGCGACGACGAAACCACGGCAGGGCGGAAGGAGGGCAAGGAAGUGGAAGAGAGCUCAUCCCUUGGAGAAGCAGAUGACUUCGGUACAGUCUCUGCCCCCGCGCUGCAUCACGCGAACCCAGGAAAAUUAGUCGAGGACGCCGCCACGGAGAAAUCCCAGUCGUCGGUGCUGUCUCUGAAGAAGGAGAAGCGCAUUAUUUGCAACAUCGCGGCGCGGCUGCGGGACGCCGGCUUCCGUUUCGAGGAGCUGGACCUUGUCUUGAGCACGCGUAUUCCUGUUGUGCGGCGUAAGCGGGCUGAGCAAGAGCCACCUCGCCUGCACCCCGCGCCGCAGGGGUCCUUCAUUUGUGCUCGCUUUGACACGGCACACGCCGAAGAGCAGUUCCGCAACGAGUGGCUGAGCCGCGUCAUCUCCGCCUACAACGCGGAGGAGGUGCCAAGCCGAGGCCAUCAGCGCGGCCGCUCGCUCGUACUGUGUGUGCCGGACUCCAUCGACGCUAUUCAUCUCAUGUCACGGUGGAAGCGCAAAAAUGGUGUGCGGGGGGAAUGGCUGGGUAACCGCCGCUCACCGGAGAUCUUCUCCAUCGACUUUGACCUUUCGUGCCGCUGCAACGGUAUACGCAACAGCUGGUUGCUUCGGCGGUACCUCGCACAAAGUGAGGUGUGCCGCGUGGGUAACGUCUUUCUCAAGACGUGGAGCAAGGCGUGUGGUGUGAACAACUCCCGGGUCGGCUUCCUGACCUCGUACGCGGUCUCUGUGUUGUGGAUUUACUUUCUGCUGCGUCGUGGUGAGGUCGUCUUUGUGAACCCUGAGGACAUCCCGGCGCUGCCGAACCCGGAGGAGCAGAUGGAAGUGCCCUACAUUCCUCUGUGGCCCGCAGUGGCCGACCCUGAGGCCGACUCGGCUCGGACGGCGCGCCUCGGUAGCCUCCUACGAGGCUUCUUCUACUUUUACGGAGAGGAGUUCGACUGGGGCACGCACGUUGCGACGAUACGGCAGCCGUGCGACAGCGCCGCCGAUAUUCGCACCAAGAAGGACCUUGGCUGGGAGAAGUCUGACACGUUGAGCCUAGUGCUCCGAGACCGCUGCUACCACAUCUUCUCCAUCGAGGACGUCUACGAGGACGACCUCGACUUGGGUAGGCACCUCACACCGGAGAAGGCGGGCUGGAUACACCUCCAGUUUCGCCUCGCCUAUCGACUGUGCUGCUCGACCCGGCGCGCUGGCGGAGCUGCAGGGCCGUCGCCGUUGUGGCAGCUAUUUGAUACGCCGCGGAAGCGAGCAGAAGACGUGCUGCACGCCCGGCUGUACACGUACCUCCUGCGCAAUACCGAGAACGCAGCGGCGCCCAUUUCCGAGAUCCUCGAGCAGCUGGGUGUGGAUGAGGAGUCGGAGGCAGUGGAUGCGGACGCAAAAGAAGAUCCCCUGUAUCUUGCCUGCGCGUACGAGCUGGGCAAUCGACUGUGCGACCUCUGGUUUGACGAUGCGCAAGUCGCGCAGGACACCGCGUUCCACAAAAUGUACAACCGACGCAGCAUGGACUACACCCCGCCAGUGAACCCCACAACGUGCGGCGAAUGGGCUGCCGUGUGCACCGAUGACCUCCAAGAACACCAUGAUCCAACAAGCGUGCAUCAGCAGCGCUGUGUGCGACUGGUUCCACCACUGAGAAGUGAGGCUGGUGCUCCUGCGCCACACUUCCAGGCGGCAAACGCGCCAGCGCGUGAGCGGGCUUUGCAGCUCAUCAAGUCACGCCGCCAGUAUGAAGAGUGUGCACGGGAGCUGGGGGCCCAUGCAGCGAAGAAGUCCAACCAGGCCCCGGCGGCUGUGGUUGGUGUGCCGCUAAAAAGAUCAGCCGCCGGCAUGCUUUACCCCCAUUGCUUCUACCCCCUUCAGCAGCACCGACUGUUCAAGACGUACGAGGCUCGCGAAACGUUCACACGCUGCGUCCGGGACGUGAUUGGGGAGCUGGCGCUUCUGCGUGGCGCUGACGCACCGGCGGCAUUGGUGGAGAGAGGCGAUGUCCUGCACGACCGCAAUAAGCUCUUGCGGCACCUCGAGAAGCGACUCUGCUCCAGCGUAGCAGUCGCAGAUCCGACCUACGAAGCAGUGCUUCAGUUUGUAUGUCUACCGACGGAGCCCUACAUUCACGCUCCGCAGCUGCCGCACGGACACAAUGAGCGACCAAUGUUCCACCCGACAUCGCUUUUCCUCAGCCUCGUUGGUGGCGGUAGUAGCGGUGCCCGUGUUGCGGCUAAGGCAAAGGUUCCCCGCGCGCGCGCGCCGUAG